UGGGUCGCCUGCGCAGGCGCGCGCGAAGCCGGACAGUUGGCAGAGGCGCCCGCCCGCGGCCCCCUCCGCGUCGGGUCUGAGCGCGACGCCGCGCGCGCUCCCGCUGUGGGGCGACGGGCGCGCAGGCGCGGCGGGGAGCGAGGUCGCGCAGGCGCAGACGGCGUUGGUUCGAGAAGACCUUCAGCGUUGCCUUGGUGGAGCGGGACGGGCCGGGCCCACCCUCGGGUUGUAGACAUGUGUAACACGCCAACAUACUGCGACCUGGGAAAGGCUGCCAAGGAUGUCUUUAACAAAGGCUAUGGGUUUGGCAUGGUCAAAAUAGAUCUGAAAACCAAGUCUUGUAGUGGAGUGAUGGAAUUUUCUACUUCAGGUCAUGCUUAUACUGAUUCAGGGAAAGCAUCAGGCAACCUAGAGACCAAAUAUAAGGUCUGCAACUAUGGGCUCAUCUUCACCCAAAAGUGGAAUACAGACAAUACUCUUGGGACAGAAAUCUCUUGGGAGAAUAAGUUGGCUGAAGGGUUGAAACUGACUCUUGAUACCAUAUUUGUACCAAACACAGGAAAGAAGAGUGGGAAAUUAAAGGCCUCCUAUAGACGGGAUUGUUUUAGUCUCGGCAGUAAUGUUGAUAUAGAUUUUUCUGGACCGACCAUCUAUGGCUGGGCUGUGUUGGCCUUUGAAGGUUGGCUUGCUGGCUAUCAGAUGAGUUUUGACACAGCCAAAUCCAAACUGUCUCAGAAUAAUUUUGCUCUUGGUUACAAGGCUGCAGACUUCCAACUGCAUACUCAUGUGAAUGAUGGCACUGAAUUUGGAGGCUCUAUCUACCAGAAGGUUAAUGAGAAGAUUGAGACGUCAAUAAACCUGGCGUGGACAGCUGGCAGCAACAACACUCGUUUUGGCAUCGCGGCUAAAUAUAAGCUGGAUUGUAGAACUUCUCUCUCUGCCAAAGUAAACAAUGCCAGUUUAAUUGGACUGGGUUAUACGCAGACCCUCCGGCCAGGCGUCAAACUGACCCUGUCAGCUUUAAUAGAUGGAAAGAACUUCAAUGCAGGAGGCCACAAGGUUGGAUUGGGAUUUGAACUGGAGGCUUAAUGUGGUUUUGAGUAGAGUAUCAAUUGUCCCUGGAAAUGAAGAGAAAUGAACCCACUAUGUUUUGGCCUUAAAAUUCUGUGAAAUUUCAAAA